GUGUGAGUCUGAGCUAGAUGUCAUGUGAAGUCUUGUUCAUCCAGUUUGCCACUGUAGAAGGAUUACAGCUUCUUGUUUGUCGUAGCCACUUUAAAAGAUUGAUCCUUACACUUUUGAUGAUAAUGCUCCAAGAUGAAGUGGAUUCAACUUUUAAUUCCAUGUUUAUUGAUGUCAACUAUUACAUGUGGUCCCCACUCUCUGAAGUUCUUGUCUACAGGACGUCUGAAGCCUGGAGAUCAGCCUUCAUUUGAACAACUAACUGUAUUUGAUGGAGUUCCCAUCUCUUACUGUGACAGCGUGACUAAAAGAGAACAACUCAAACCUACCCUGGAGUCCCAAAGGUUACCUGAACACUGCGAUGAAGCGCGUCUUAAUAUCGAAGCGUCUCUUUACGAGAUUCCAAGAUCUAUGAACAGCAAAGUCUAUGUUGUACAGCGGAGGCGGGGCUGCAUCCUGUCAGCCAAUGGGAUGUCAGCUUUUGAAUCCUGGGCAGUAGAUGGGACGGACUUCUUAAGCUUUGACCCUGAAUCUCAGAGAUGGACGUCCCAGUCUCCCUCUGCAGCACCGGUGGAACAACGCUGGAACAACGAGAUAGAUAUGAAUCAUGCCUAUAGACACUUUGUCAGAGUGAUCUGUCCACAGAUGAUCACGAAAAUUCAGUUAAGAUCAAUACAGCAGCAAACAGAGCUACGUGUUUUUGCCAAGCCCAUUGUGGACACAGGCCAGGCCCUGCUGAGGUGUCAUGUGACCACUACUGACACAUCAGUGAGCUCGGUGCAUCUGAUUGGAAACGGGGCUUCCAGGGCCAGUUGGAUCAGGGUAACUGGACCGCUGCCCGCUGAAAACGGAUCUGUGAUCCUCCGCCUGACAGCUGACAUCUCCCAGAACCGAGACCACAACACGUACGGCUGCACGGUACAAACAGGAAGUCACAACAUCACUGUCUUUUGGGACGGGACGACUCUUGACGGCAGAAAUCUUCUUCAUCACAUGAGUGUCCUUUGGAAACUGCUAACUGUCAUCGCUGGAGUCAUCUGCACUGUGUCUGUUGUCACGAUGUUUCCUGUGCAACAAUAUGUCGCUAAAUGUGUGAAACCAAAGUCCAGUCCUCCUCCUCCAGGAGUUGAUCCACAUCUGGCGGAGCAGUUUACCAGGAUCAUGGAGAGCGUUGCGUCUCCAGACCUGCAGAGCGUUAUUCUUUCAGUCACACAGGGGAGGGAAGGACACGGAGAAUCCCACGAGCAGUGGGAGGUGAGGAUCAUGUUGAAGGAUCAAAGUUACUACGACCCAGAGUUCUUUGCUCAUCAGAUUGACGGAGCCCAGCGAUAGUUAAAUAAGGAAUUGAGCACAAAGAGAAAUAUUUCAAAUAUCAACUGUGAUUUUACUGUCAGUCCCUCAGAGGCGCUGUUAUUUUGCACUGAAUCUAUUAAUAAUUCAUCAUUCAUCUUCAUGAUAAACACUCAGUAGGCUGCUCAAUACACAGUAAUAGUAGUAAACACAAGACCUUCAACCAGGAAACGGUUGUUCCUGUCCCUGAAGUACUAGUUAAGGAGGCCGUUGUUUAAAUCUAGUUGUUUAAGUGUCUUCACUACUGUAAGCUUUUGGUGGGUAACAUAUCAUACUAAUUGUUGUGUUUUGGUACGAUAUCAUAAGAACAUGUUGAUAUUAUAUACUAUAUACAGUGUAUAUAUAUAUAUAUAUAUAAAAGAACUGUAUACACAUAUAUAUAUAUAUGUAUAUAUAUAUAUAUAUGUAUAUAUAUAUAUAUAUAUGUGUAUAUAUAUAUAUAUAAAAAACUGUAUACACAUAUAUAUAUAUAUGUGUAUACAGUUCUUUUACAAUCAGCGUGCUACAUAACCUUUGUGUUGUAUUCCCAUUAACCAUGAACUUGUCCUUCCGGGUCAAAAUUGAAAAUUAACUUAUUUUGUGCUUUUCCAAUGUUUUUGUCACUUUUUCUGAUUUAUUUGUCACUCUUUUCAUUUUUUGGUGCUUUUUUUUUGUAAAAGCCUGAGCUGGUUUAUUUACAGGUUUUACAUUCAUUCUUGGAAUUCAUGGUCAACAAACCUCUUUUAUAUCAAAUUUUACAUUCGUUGUUAGUUAAAAAGGCAGAAAAUAUGAAUUGUUUAGUUAAGUCCAGAUACUGUUUUGAAACCAU